GUUGAGCCGGACGGUCGCCCUCGCCUCGACUCCCGCCGAGCCGAGCCGAGUCGAGCUUCCCGAGAGCAGCGUCGAGCCGUGCCGAGCCGAGCGCGCGGAGCCGAGCCGGCGAGAGAGGGAGGAGGUGGUGGUGUCGUCGCCGCGGUGUGGCGGACGAGCGUCGCGGUGCAAGCCGUCGCCGAGGUGACGCCGAUGCGCGAAGCGCGAACAGUGCCAGUGCAGUGACAACACACUUAUGGGAUUUACCUGCCGCCUUGGACGUCAUUGACAGCUUGGAUACGAACGAGUCUAAGAUGAAGGAGGCCGUGACCGUGGAGAGGUCGGCGAGGCCCACCAUGAUCUCGGCCAAGUACCGCCUCAAGGAGGAGCGCCGACGCAUGCUGAAGCUGAGCGUCAGCAAGCUGCGGCGCAUCGAGGACCCCGAGUCGGCGCUGCGCCGCUCCGUGCUCAUCAACAACACGGUGCGGCGGCUGCAGCGCGAGCAGCGGGAGGCGCGCAACCCCGCGCCCGUCAGCGCCGUCAGCGCCGUCACCGAGGCCAUGUUCGCGGACGCGGCGGUGACGCCGCUGCGCGACGAGGAGCCCGCCGUCAUCACGACGGUCGCCCCCGAGGCCGCCACGCCGAGCCAGGUCCUGGAGGAGCUGGAGGACGUGCUGAGCCAGUUCUACAUGCCGCCCACGCCGCGCAUGAUCACCUCCAUCGACGAGGACGAGGCCCGCGACGACGAGGCCUGCAAGCGGUCCGCGUCGUCCUCGCCGCCCCGCGCGGCCUGCCCCUCGGCCUCGGCCUGCCCCUCGCCCGCCAAGCGCCCCCGCCUGGUGGACCGCCUGGUGGACCGCCUGGACGCGGACGACGAGGCGCGCGCCCUGGCCGACCCCACCAACACCCUGGAGGACUUCAAGGACGAGGUGUACCUGCGCUCCAAGCCGCGCGUGCCGCUGGCCAGCGCGCCCUGCGCCAACGCCUGCGAGGACGCGCUGCGCGCCGACUACUGCAGCAGGCGCUACUCACAGUGCGGCACACACACCGGCCACGACAGGGAAAACAUCGCGCCCUACUUCGGGGGGCUCAUGGCGGCCGACGACUCGCUGGCCGCGGGGCUGGCCGGCGGCGCGGCGGCGGGGCUGGGGGCGGGGCUGGGGGCGGGCCUGGGGGCGGGCCUGGGGGCGGGGGUGAGCCUGCAGCUCCAACACAGCCUGCAGGGCCUGCAGGGCCUGCAGCCCUACAGCUGCAGCCAGGCGCACGGACAGGCGCAGGCCACCCUGCAGUCCGGCAUGCAGCACGGCGUGCACGGCCUGGCCUUCCACGGCCUCAUGGCCACCAUGGAGUCGUGAGGCCUCGGCCCGCCCGGCCACUGCCCGGCCGCCACGCCAUGGCACAGUGCCUUCUCAAAGAAAAGCGUCUUGCCGACGCGCGAUUCGCAAUUUGUACCAAGCAGACUGCCGCAAUGAACCAUAGCUUGACGAUGAUGCCUUUUGUAUUCGCGUUCGGACCAUUCGGACGCGCUGUGUAAAACCAGUUCCCAGCGGGAGUGACGCUCAAAAUGAUCUUAUUUUACCUGUUCCAAGAUUGUUUUGGCUGUUGUGAAGCUUUGCUGCCGCUGGGGUUCCUCAAGUGGACCGUUGGCAAGACGUUUUUCAUUUCCUCGGCGAGACCACGCGAAUGUUCAUAAAUCUAUAUAUCAUUCUAUAUAAAUGCAAAUAUUAUAUAUAUUUGAUUUUGGCUGUGAAGUAAUGUAAGUCUCUCGUCCUGCUGUGAUAUGGCUAACAUGACCUAACGGGUUCUCAACCGCGUUUGGGUUGUUGACAGCCUGAUAAAGGGAGACAACCCCGAGAGCCUGUGAAACUAGUAAGGCCAAUUUUGUUAGAGGACCAAAUGGGAAGAAAAUGGCGAACUGCCGUCACGGACCAUGAUCGGACCACUGUUAAAAUGAAUUAUCUCGAUUCUGAUUCGAAAAUGUAUUAAAUCGGCAUUCUCUAUUGUGUACCAACCUCAAGUGAGAAGUGAUUAAAAAUGAUUUAGGUCUGCAGAGUUUUAUCUGCAUCUUCUAAAAGUGUUUGCUUCCUUUGGUCCCUGGCCUAUGAACACAAGAAAAAAAUUAUUUAAAAAAAUGAGAAUAUACUGAACAAAAGGCACGGAUUUGCUGGUCCAUAGUGACGAACAAUUCCCUGCAACUUAAAUAAUAUCUCUUCCGUAAUUAAUUUAAGUGUUUCAUGAACUUUCCAAUAAUUGUUGUAAAAACGGACGGACCCAACCUUGCGACAGCAGGGCGGCCAAUGCUGCGUGAGCAGUCAGACGAUUUGUUCCAUUUAAUUGUAAACGAAGAGAUUAGUCUAAGUGCCUGAGAUCUGAAAGCACGUCAUCGGGCUUAUCUGCGACUCGGUGACUCUGUGAUCGAGUCUCGAAAGGCUCCGGCCGCGGUGCACACGCCAUGAUUCGGGACGCAGUUUUAGGUCUCGCAAUGGAAGCAAGUAGGAAGGGGAACAGACUGAUUCCAGUGUAGCGCAGCCAGCGUGCCAGGAAAACCAAACGAUGAAUUGUCUAGCGUUAAAAAUCUCUCCGUUCUUUUGGUUAUUGUUUUGUUCCUGGCAGAAGUGUACCCAAGUUUCCCCAUGUGCAAAAAAAAAUCACGCUUGUUUUCCCAUUAGUAUUAUUAUUAUUCAGAGUAACUUGCGGGAACUCGCCGCAACGGUCAUCUUCCUGUUGCCAUCUGCUUUGCGUUUGCGUUGUCCUUGCCGUCCUUGACGGGGGCCGUGUUAUUCAAAAGAGGAGGAAAACUGGCAAACCCUGAAUCCGGUCGCGCUGAGCCGAUCCAUCCCCGCCGCGCUGCCGCCCGCCGCCAAAGCGGAGGACAGCAGUGCGGUGCAGGGCUCAGCCGUCGUGGCUCAGCAGCCAGGCUGGCCCAGGCUGGCCGGGCCCAGCCCGUUAGGAGCACUUGGCCUUUUAUCUGCCAUGUCCUAUCUCUUUUGACGCAAACUGUCUAGCUAGCAGGCACCUGACGAUGGCACUUUCCGUCAACUAUCAGUCAUGGAGUCGACGGCUCCUCCUCAUUACCCCUUCGGCUCCGAGAGGCGCCGCCACGCGCGUCGUGUCGUGUCGCCGCGUCGCCGUCGAGGUGGCGGCCCCCGUGCCUUCGUCGGCUUACGGACGGCCCCCCGUUCGUCCGCACGCUUUCUCGAGGCGCGGCCGCCACCACGCGUCGGCACACUGUAGUUCUAGUGCUAUCUGGCGCACGUGACCGAAGUAGUAUCCCCGAAAGACUGCCUACUUAUUUUCGUAACCUACCUGUAGUGUGUUUGCUUCCUUUUACGGCCAUUUAUUUUGUCAAUUGUCGGUUUACACGGCGUAGUAUGUAGUAGCCUGCGUACGAAACGAACUGAGGAGGAAAGAGGACGGCGGAUCGCACGGGACGUGCCUUAAAACUCGAAAAUGAGGGCUUUCAAUGAAAUGUAAGGGUGACGCCAUGGAGUCGAACUAGUUGUCCGACUCGGACGGGCAACUCUGGCUCGGCGGCCCGCCCCAUUUUUUUUUCCAAUUUCGUGGCUUACUUUGCAAUCUGUUUUGUAAAAUAUGUUUGCGAGGGGUAGAAAUCGCUGAUUUUCCUCCAGCUUUGUAAAUAUUUUCCAACGCAUGAGCAGCUUGGGCACAAGUGUACUAUUAAUGUUAAUCUGUCCCGAUUCGGACGACCAAUGGCGAUAGCGUGUAGAGCAGUUUUCACCAAGUGCUUUCGAAAAUGUGCUGCUUUCUGCGUUCGUGCGGUUCGCUCAGUAUUUUAUAGCAAGAGUGUUUUACAAUGUAUAUCGCUUAUAUUACGACAGCAUUACUAAUGUUCUACAAUCAUAGUUUUAAUAAUUGUUUUACGUUUAUAAUCGUCCUGAACCAAAAUAUGGAAAUGUUACCUGGCAAUAUGAAGGUGCCUCUAAACAACGAAAAAAAUAAUAAAAAGUCGUACCUGAAAAAA